AUGUCGCCUACAGGUCUACAAUCGAAAGAGCCUGCGAAAAUCCAGGAUCAAUACCGCCCGCUAGACAUCCCCAAGAAUGAAAUCUGCCUGCUCUCCUUCGAAGAGACUUCUUCAGAGCCUGCUGAAAACGCCUAUUUACACCUCAAACUCCACUACGUAAUCUUGGAGGACAGAAAACCUGACUAUACAUGGGGCGCCCUUGGCGAGGACAACGCCACCAUCUAUGUUGAUGGCAUGGCCACAGUCGUGAGCAUGCACCUGAAGGCAGCUCUGCAAGACCUGCAGGAGAGCUACGAGUGCCGAACUAGAAUGAAGGUCUGGGCUUCAAUCAUCAGGAGGAAAUCUUGUGUUGUGCGAGGUGAUUCUGAUCGAUAUGCCAUCUACAAAGCAUACAAGGAUGCCAAACCCUCGAGAGAGGUCAAUAUAUGUGCUCUACCAACGGACCAAUUUCCAUACGACCAAUUCGCACGAGAUACCCAAGUCCUUCAUAUCUAUUCUGACUUCCGAGGCACUGAGCUUGAGAAAGCGCGUAAUCUGUACGAUUUCCGCUGCAGACACCAUUGCUACUACAACAGCGAGUAUUUUAGCCAAGAACUGAUUGACCACUACGGAAGCUCAUCUAUAACCACUCUAAAAUCGCUUGACGAGAACGGGCUCUACCUAUUGUUUCCAGAGCUUGCCGAGGAAGAGGGCCGUGGCAAUUGGACCAACCGUGUGCUUGAUCUUCGUACGAAAUGGGAGGUGCCGACCACCACCACGAAAGAGCAAGUACGUCUCGCUGUUUGUCUCGCUACCAAGUGUUUCGGGCAUCUCGACGCUCUAGAUAUGCCCUUGUGCCUCUUGGCGUUCCAGAACCGCGAAUUAUCCCCGGAUGCCAUCUCAGUUCUUAUCUCAUCCGACAAGCUGCAAGAUGUACAGACGUCACUUAAGGCAAACGCUUUGAGACCGUUUGAACUACUGAGAUUUGCGCUAUGUUGCAGAGCUCUUGAUAUGAAGCAGCUGACCUUGUCGCCUGACACGAGAAGCAACGCCGAGAGCAUACUCGAUGUGAUGUUCGGCUUGGAUUAA